CCUUGUCGGUCAAACAAAAUGUCUGCCUUCAAGAUCACUCAGUUGGCCCGCCAAUUUAGUACUUCUGCUGCAAGACAAGGAAGAAUUGUUCAGGCACCCAUUCAGGUGUAUGGAAUUGAAGGUAGAUAUGCCCAUGCUCUGUAUUCGGCAGCAUCAAAAGAAAAGAAACUUGAUGUUGUGGAAAAAGAACUGAGUGAUUUUGGGGCUUUAUUACAAAAGGAUUCGAAAUUAGCUGACUUUUUUAGAAAUCCUGGAGCACAUAAAAGUGAUAAAUUAGCUGCUCUUCAGUCAGUGGUAAAGAAGUUCAAAUAUUCAGACUUGACCAAUAAUUUAGUUGCUGCCAUGGCUGAAAAUAAUAGGUUUAAUAAACUUGAUUCAGUUAUUUCAUCAUUUGCCAAAAUAAUGAGUGCAGCAAAGGGAGAAGUUCUUUGUGUUGUUACCACAGCAAAGCCCUUAGAUAACUCCCAACAGAAAGAAGUACAAACAAUUUUGAACUCUUUUCUUAAGAAGGGAGAAACUCUUCUACUUGAAAUGAAGGUUGAUCCUAGUAUAAUGGGUGGUAUGACAGUAACAGUGGGUGAUAAGUUUGUAGAUAUGUCCUUCUCAACUAAAUACAAUACCUACUCUAACCUUUUAAAACAAGCUGUUUAGAUAAACUCUGAUUAUAGUGCUGUAUGGUAGUCAAUGUAAAUAUUUGAGAAAAGGAUAACUUAUCUCUGUGCUGAUGAAGAAAUGUCUAUUUACAUCUAUAGAAUAAAUCUUACAUCAAUAUUUGAGUAAUUAAUAAAAGUUGAUAUAUUUAAUGGAUUUUUUUGAAACAAUUGUCUUGUAACAUUUAAUUAAUGUAUAUUCACCAGUCAGUUAUGUCACCUCAUUUUCUGAAAUCCUUGCACAAAAUUUUUCAUCUCUGGCCUACAGUCAUGUUGUAUUUUCACUCUUGGAAAAUCCAAAUGAAUUCCACAUCAUUUUCAGAAUAAAAAAGUUUAUUUGC